UGAAAGCAUGUGUGUUAUGCCAGAUGCGUGAGAGUUGGCGACCCAGCUUGCGCCCCUCGAGAUAUGCUCCGGACCAUGAAUGGGAUUAGCGGUUACAGAGAAUGGAUGGCGUGAUCACCAUGUCUUGUGGAGUUUUUUCCUGUUGGCCCAGAAAAAAGCAACGCAACAUCUCUGCUGCUGAAGGGGCAGACGUCGAUAAACCCCAGAAGAGAAGACUGAAGUUCCAGCGCAAGUUUCCAUGGCUGAAACUUGUCAAGUCGAGAGCGAAGGAGAGCUCUGACGAAGACGGAGGUUUGUCAGGUGACUGCAGGGACUCUGGAGACAGCAAUGCACUCUCGAGCGGCCAGAGUCCCAGCCUCUCCGUUGUCAACUCGGAGUCACUGACAUCUAGCGCCUCCUCGACUGAUACCAGUGUAGAGGAGCACCAGUCCCCUCCAGUGAUGACACAGGACAUCCCCCCUAAUGAGGGACCUGAAAGGUCCUUGAGAAGGAUCCCCAAAUGGCUGCUUCCCUGCUUCAUGGGGGAUAGGGGUGAUGCGGCGGUGGGAGAGAGCCAGCGGCUGGUCUGCCUUGGGCUACCAAACCUUGGGCAGACCUGCUAUAUGAACGCCACCCUGCAGUGUCUCUUCCACCUGCCGUCCUUCUGCGGUGACAUCAGUAGGCAGGAGGAAUACUGGCAGCUGGUCCCAUCUGCUGACCUGUUGAGAUUUUUCUCCGAACUACUGGCUUCCACACAUGGAUCAAGUAGAAGGCAGAAGAUGGCUUUACUGAAGAAUCUGCUUCCAGAGGUUGCAUGCCAUUUUGAUGAAGACGAGCAGAAUGACGCAGAGGUGGAGCUGACUUGUGCCACCUGCGGUGGGAGCCAGGCUGUGCUGUCAUGGUCAUUCCUCACGCUGCCUCGUGUCCUGGUCCUGCACUUCAAGAGAUUCAGCUACACCCCAAAGUAUGAGCUGAAGAAAGUGCGGGACCCGGUACUCCUCUGUAGGGAGAUCACCCUGCUCCCCCACUUCUCCCAGGUCACAGGGACGCCCCAGUCAGCAGACCCUGAGGAGCCUCAUCUGAAGGAUGAUGAAACCACACAAGAGGCACAUACGUAA